AUGAUUUUUAAUAACGAUGAUGGAGAACCACCUUUUGAACGUGAUGUUAAAGUUUAUCCACGAAAUGAUGAUUCAAAUUUAGUUAUCUUAAAUAUUCUUAGCCCAAAUUUAGAUCCUAUGGUGUAUCCUUUACUAUUUCCUUAUGGUGAUCAUGGAUGGCAUACGGAUAUGAAAUUUAAUGGGCCAUUUAACAAGGGAACAAGAUCAAAUAUAACUAUGUUACAUUUAAAAUAUCAAGAGGAAUAUUCAGGGCUUAUGGAUCAUAUUUCUAAAGCAAAUGAUAAUACUAAUUUACCUCUAGGAAAAGCCGUUAUUUUGCCUUCUUCUUUUCAGGGGUCCGAUAGAAACAUGCGUGAACGAUAUCAUGAUGCUAUGGCUAUCGUUUCUAAGUUUGGUAAGCCUGAUUUAUUUAUAACUUUUACAUGCAAUCCCAAUUGGAGGGAAAUUAAAGAAAAUCUUUAUAAAGGCCAGAACCCUUCGGAUAGACCUGAUUUAUUAGCUAGAGUUUUUCAUUUAAAAUUAUCUAAAUUAUUACACGAUAUUAUUAAAAAAGAUUUCUUUGGCAAAUGUUCGGCGUAUGUUUAUACCAUAGAAUUUCAAAAGAGAGGAAUACCUCAUGCUCAUCUGCUCAUUAUAUUAAGCGAAAAUAAUAAAAUUGAAACAACCGAGUGUAUAGAUAAUUUUGUUCGAGCUGAAAUCCCAGAUAAAAAUAUCGAACCCCGAUUAUAUGAUAUUGUAACUCGCUUUAUGAUACAUGGAACAUGUGGUAUUUUGAAUCCUCACUCAUCAUGCAUGGAAAAUGGUUCGUGUACAAAAAAAUUUCCGAAAGAUUUUCAAAAAGAAUCUCAACACAAUGCGAAUCGAUAUCCAUUUUAUCAACGUAGAUAUGAGGGUUUUAUUCAUGUCGGAGGUAAGCCAAUUGAUAAUCGAUAUGUAAUCCCUUAUAACAAAUGUCUAUUAUUAAAAUUUAAUGCACACAUAAAUGUUGAAAUAUGUACAUCAAUAAAAUCCGUCAAAUAUAUUUUUAAGUACGUUUACAAAGGAUACGACUGCGCUAAUAUAGAUCUUAAAACUAAUUCGCUUCAAUCUCAUGAUGAAAUUAGAAUGCAUAUAAAUGCCCGAUAUGUAAGUGCAUGUGAAGCCAUGUGGAGAUUAUUAGAAAAUCGUAUGCAUGAUCGAUCUCACGGUAUGAAUCGAUUAGCAAUACACUUGCCAUUUCAUCAACCGAUAUAUUUUAUAGAAGGACAAGAACGUCAGGCAUUAGAGAAAUCUGCCAGCAGAAAUACUACAUUAACUGCCUGGUUUGAAUUAAAUAAAAAUGAUGUUAAUGCCCGUCAAUAUUUAUAUGUCACUAUACCAUAUCAUUAUACUUUCAGCGAUAAUAAGUGGAAACUUAGAUAA